UUGUUUUUUUUUUUUGGCUCCAAGAUUCCUGGAUAUUUUGCGGCAGGAUUUCGAGGAAUUUUGGACGAACGAUUCUUCAGUGCGUUGUGUGUUACAUGUUUUGGGGUAAACGUCCCUGCGAAGUUUCCCUGUGAGACCCAACGGGACGUUUUGGCAGUUUCCUGUGGUUGUCGAAAUCGGGAGUUGAAAUCAGCCAGUCGUCGAGUAGGAUUUCGACUGGCAACGAGUUCUGGAAUCGUCGAUCUCGAAAACCGGAAGCCCCCUAGAAAGGUGUCUAAAGCUCAGCCGAGAAAGGGCCGUGUGAUUUUUUUCUUAAACGUAGUAAAAUUUUGCGUGUGACACUUCUGCUCCCCCGAAGCCAUCCUCAGCGCCACCUCCAAACUCCUGCUCCUCGAAAAUCCUAGCCUCGUUUUUGCGUUGAUUCCUUUUUCUCCACAGGAUAUCUAGUAAAUAAAUAAAUCUCCAAGGGCAAACCAACAACAACAAAAAACCACCCAUGUACAUACACCGGGCGAAGAAGUGAUACGAAAUCAGUGCAAUAAUUUCCGUACGAUACUCCUACUCCUCCUACACUUUUUCCCUCUAGGUUUCACAAUAGUUUUUAACUAGACAAUCCACCAUGGGCAGAGAAUCGCGAUCUCUGGUCGCGACCUUCGUGCUAAUCUUCACAGUAUUAAAGAAUGUCCACUGUGAUGCUCCCCUUGUGGACUCGGCCGCCCUUCCCCUGGAACAUCGGGCCGUCUAUGGGCCGCCAGCACCAUCACCAGUAUAUGGUACGCCUGGUUUGUUGAGUGGCGGCGGCGGCGGCGGAGGCGGAAGUAGCAGCGGUGGAAGCGAUGAUCCCUGGCCGCUGUCCGGCUCCAACGACAGUCCCCAGAUCAAGCACCUGCAGGUGCAAUGCGAGAAAACGCACAUGCGUGUCAAUAUCGAAUUCGAUCGACCCUUCUACGGAAUGAUCUUCUCGAAGGGAUUCUACAGUGAUCCGCACUGCGUGCACCUGAAACCGGGCACCGGACACCUGAGCGCCACCUUCGAGAUCUUCCUCAAUAGCUGUGGCAUGAGCAGCUCGGCCAACCAUAAUGCAGCCAAUUUCGGGGCGCCGACGCCCUCCGGAAGCUACGUCGAAAAUACCAUCAUCAUCCAGUACGAUCCGUACGUGCAGGAAGUGUGGGAUCAGGCUCGUAAGCUCCGGUGCACCUGGUACGAUUUCUACGAGAAGGCCGUCACGUUCCGUCCGUUCCAAGUUGAUAUGCUGCACGCCGUCACUGCCAACUUCUUGGGAGAUAACCUCCAAUGCUGGAUGCAAAUCCAGGUCGGAAAGGGACCGUGGGCUUCCGAGGUAUCGGGUAUUGUGAAGAUCGGUCAAACCAUGACCAUGGUGCUGGCCAUCAAGGAUGACGAGAACAAGUUCGAUAUGUUGGUGCGAAACUGUGUCGCUCACGACGGAAAACGUGCCCCAAUUCAACUGGUCGACCAACAUGGAUGCGUCGUGCGACCCAAGAUUAUGAGCAAGUUCCAGAAGAUCAAGAAUUUCGGACCGUCAGCGUCGGUCGUGUCGUUCGCAUACUUCCAGGCCUUCAAGUUCCCGGAUUCGAUGAAUGUCCACUUCCAGUGUGUGAUUCAGGUUUGCCGAUACAAUUGCCCAGAGCCCAAGUGUGGAAAUGAUUACGGUCUUCCGGGACUUUCCGGUAAUACCCUGUCUGGAGAAUAUGGAGCCCCUGGAGCUCUAAGUGGAGAAUAUGGACCACCAGCUCUGCCUGAAUACGGAGUUCCUCCAGCGUACCCAGAUCCUCGUCACCCAUCUGAUUCAACUGGUGCUUUCUCGGAAAAUCAGGACAGUGUUGUUCCACCACCACAAGCACAAACUUCGGGAUCUUCAGCGGAACGCAAAGAAGACCAGAACGUAUCGGACGCAGCACAAUCGAACCCGAACCAGAAUGCCAUCAACAAUGAAAUCCACGAUCUACCCCCACCACCACAGCCUGGUCAAUCGUAUGUGACGGUCACCAAGCGAAAGGACGAAAUGGUCAACGAUGGCAACCUGGUCAGCUUGGGUGGUCGACCACGUUCCGUCGAAGGUCUCGAUGAUCUGCGGGGAGCUCGCCGACGACGCGACACCAUGACCGUUGUCGUCAAGCCACGAAUCUACAAACGUGAUGCCCAGGAAAUGACCGACGUCAACACCGAACGAGUCAUCCAGGUCGUGGCACCGGGAGACGUUAACUUCGCACUGAACAGUGCUGCCAGCAACGAAACCGUAGUGAUCCAGUCGCAGCGAACCGUCGAUCCCGAAACGAUCUGCAUGUCGGUGCCGAGUUUUGUCGGUGGUUUGGUAAUGCUCCUCUUGGUUCUUGCCGUAGCCUCUCUCGUGGCGGCAUUCCUUUUCGUCCGGGUGAGACACUUCGAUCGUAAAGGUACGGCACCGACCUUCGUGUCGCAGUUCCUCAAGGUCAACUAACUCCUACCCUGCUAAAACCGAUGUUUUCUGGUCUCGUUUUUUUUUUGUUUAUUUUUUUCGUAGCUAACCACAUGCCACUGUCCAGGUAAAAGUAGGGUCCCGGUACUGACACCCAACACUUUCAUCCUAGCAUCCAUCUUUUUCCUCCAGCAGCUCACACGUGUUCCUGGUGGCACAGUAAAAAAAAGUAAACAGGCAACUGGCUCCGAAAUCCUUCCCGCCACCGCUGCUAAUCUGCACCACGUUCGCAAUGCAUGUGGAAGCUUUGCUAAUUCUGGUUAACGAUAUUUGUUAGUUGCUUUUGUUUCAGUUCUUUUUUGUUCUAAUUUUACUCAAACAGUGGCAUUCUUGUGUGGCGCCCAAUCCACUAAGACUACGGCAGCGGGAAAUGCUUUCAGUUCCGUGUGGUGGCGUUCAACAACGGUUAAACAUUUUCUCACGCGAUUUGAACAACGGAUGUCACUAGAGUCAAACAAGGUCCAGGAAAGAAUUUAAAAAAAAACCAAAAUCUCGUUUCAGCACACGCUAGUGACAUCUUUGUUCGACUGGCGGCGGUAUGGUUCAGGCGGAGCAUGGACGGACCCAAUGGACCAGCUAACCAAAUUCUCAUCUUCUCACACACACACGCUAAGUUUCACUAACGAGACCGGAAACUUUCCUAACCUAACAUUUACCUACCUUGCUUAUAGGACUUCCUACUUCAACUAAUCCUCCUAAGUAGUUUGAGUAGCUUAUCUUUGGCAGUAUUCUUUGCACUUUACAUCGAUCUUGGUUCCAACAAUACAGCCACAAUCGAAAAGUGGCGUGAACACCUGGAUAAGUUCCUUCUUAAAUACUACCGAGGGGACUCAUCUAAAACGUGAACUACCCUCGGUUUCGUUCCUCUCUUUCUAAAAUAUUCUUUAAAAAAAAAACUUUGCAACGAGCGAAUAACCCAAAACGAACAUCGAAAUGACUAAGUAGGUUACGAAGCGAAAUCAACGAUUUUCACAUCCGUCACUAUGUUGUAGUAUUUUUUUUUUCGUAUAGCUUAUAGUAGCUAGAUCUGGAAACCCGCCGUCCGGAUCUAUGACGAGUAUCUUUGAAUCUAAAGAACACUAUAUUUAUUUGUUUAAAUUAUGACUUCCAGUGUACCUUUCCCCGAGCAAAACUUCCCACAAAACAUAACUCGCUAACAACCACUCCUCGAUACUCCCCAAGUACUAACUAAAACCGGAAACAACUACUAAUCCUAACAACUUAACCAUUAUAUGUCACAACCAAUCGACGAACAUCCGAAGCGCAGUGUCAGUAGUAGGAACAAGCGCGAUCAGCGAGCCCAGCCUAGUAGCAAGGUCCUCGUGGCAAAAGUAGGUGACGAACCUCGAUCGAGCUGGGACGCACGUGUAUUUAUUAUGUAGCUUGCGGCAAAAUCAACCAAUUUAGUUUUAACGUGUAGAAGCAGAAUCAGCAGUGUAGCAUUGUAGGAACGCGAAUCUUUUUUUUUUUGUUUUAGCUUUCUCGCAGCAGGAAAUCUAUAAUCCCCCUUUUUUAAACUAUUACUAUCGCGCGCAAUUAGAAAUGUACUAAAGAGUAAAAUUUUGUAUAAAGGAAGAAUGGAAGAAACGGCACCAACUAGUCUAGUCGCCAGAUUUUCCCUCCAGUUUUAGUGUUCUGUUAUUUUCUUUUUUUUUUAGUUAACACAAAGCUCCACAAUUCACAAUUCCACCUUUCAAACCCAACAAAUGAAAGUUUCUACAAUCAAUAAAGCAGUAUUUACAGUAAAACGUUAGGUAAACGCAUUUUCCGGGUUCAAUUAAAGCGAAAGACAAAAUCUGUUCCAACAAAAACUUCAGCCUAGUGCGCUAGAUCAGGCCGAAAUAAAUAUUGAUUUUUAAGAAGCGGAAGUUAGUAUUAUACAUAAAAAAACAAAUUCAAGUACCGGUUUAAUUUCAGGAGAGCAAAUCUUAAGGAAAAAAACUAAGGCGAACUUAAAAAUAUGGAAUCUAGGGCAGGUGUUGAUGAAUCUGAUGAACUUAGGGUACAUGCGUAGUUGAAAAAAAAAUCGGAACAAACAAUAAUACAAGCUUAAGCUGCAACAAAGACAAAACACUUGAUGAGAAAGUAAAAAAAGAGAAAAAAGGUCAUCAAAACGAGAAUAUCUUUGUAAAUAUUUAUUUAAUAUAAACUAGUUAACUAAUAAAGGAUAAAUAUGUGUAAA